CUCUGCCUGCCGUUGGAACUAGCAGAGCCGAGCUGGUCGCGCCGCGGAGAAGCCGGCGCCGCCUUCCUCCUGCUCCCGCGCGCCUGCCGCCCCGAGGCCUAGAGACGCCGCCCAGCCCGCGCCGCGGCCGACAUGAGCUUCUUGUUUGGUAGCCGCUCCUCUAAAACGUUUAAACCAAAGAAGAACAUUCCAGAGGGUUCUCACCAAUAUGAGCUCUUAAAGCAUGCAGAAGCUACACUUGGUAGUGGCAAUCUCCGGAUGGCUGUCAUGCUUCCUGAAGGGGAAGAUCUAAAUGAAUGGGUUGCAGUGAACACUGUGGAUUUCUUCAAUCAGAUUAAUAUGCUUUAUGGAACAAUCACAGAUUUCUGUACAGAGGAAAGUUGUCCAGUGAUGUCAGCUGGCCCAAAAUAUGAGUAUCAUUGGGCAGAUGGAACAAACAUAAAGAAGCCUAUUAAGUGCUCUGCACCAAAGUAUAUUGAUUACCUGAUGACUUGGGUUCAGGACCAGUUGGAUGAUGAGACAUUAUUUCCAUCAAAAAUUGGUGUCCCAUUCCCGAAGAAUUUCAUGUCUGUGGCAAAAACUAUCCUCAAACGCCUCUUUAGGGUUUAUGCUCACAUUUAUCAUCAGCAUUUCGACCCUGUGAUCCAGCUUCAGGAGGAAGCACAUCUCAAUACAUCUUUCAAGCACUUUAUUUUUUUUGUCCAGGAAUUCAACCUUAUUGAUAGAAGAGAACUUGCACCACUCCAAGAACUGAUUGAAAAACUCACCUCAAAGGACAGAUAAAAGGAUGAAGAGCUGUGCAAGUUGUUCCUCAAAUGAAGUGUGUGGAGUGUAUUUGGAUUUUGUUGUGUUUUAUUUUUAUCUUGGUCAUUUUUGUCUUAGGUUUGGGGGGCUUGUUUGGGUUAGUUUUUCUUUAUUCUGAAUAAAUUAAACAUAUUCUAUUGCUAGAGGAAGCCAAGAACCAUUCUCUAUAUAUUUCAUAGGGGUAAAUUUUGUCUUAGUGGCAUACAGUUUUUGUUUUUUGUGUUUUUUAACUUGGUUUGAUUACUUCCAAAUUUUUUGAUAAUACUGUGUGUUGAAAGAAAAUGCUUACUUAAUUGGAUUGCUGAUGGAUGGGGGUUCUGUGUUGUGUAAAUUGUGGCCAAUUUUUGAAGUCCCCAAAAGACUUAUGUUUUUAAGUGCCUUGGCAGGCUCACUUCUGAAGUGCAAAGCACAGACAUUGAACUGAACAGGGCUUGAAAUACCAGGAAUACUACCCAGGGCACUUACUGAUGCAUGUUUCAAAAUAUCUAUGAUAAAAGCCAUAGUUUACCUAAAUUGGUGAUCUCCAGCUUUUACUACAUUGAAGAAACACAGUUUGUAAAGGUGUGCAUGUAGAACAUAAAAAAUUAUUAUUUUUGAUAUUGAUGAUAAUUAACAAAUGCUUUCAGUUCUACAAGCAGGUCUUUUUCCAUCUCUUGAUAUCUGUGAUAUUGAAACUUGAGGAUGUUGAAGUGUAAUACCUAUUGCAUUUUAGCUUCUUUCUACAUGUUAACUGCACUGUAGGUGUAAAAAUUCAGGUUAUAUAUAGGUUUACCAUCUUCAGAGGUGAUGCUGAACUGUGAGGUUUCUUAGCAAUUGCCAAAUGAGCCAUAAGUCUACAGAAUCCCCUUCUACUUUGAAGAGGAGGGGAUGGAUAGGAGUGUGUGUUUGGUUAGGAGGGUUAAUUUGUAUGGGGAGCUAUGGAUGAGGUUAAGUAUGGUGAAUCAAAUUCGAAAAGUCUUGUCUUAAAAUCCUUGAAUAGAGUGGCAUGAAGAUUUUAACCAAUUUCUUAUUAACAAAGUUUUAGAGACUUCCUUUUAGGAAUCAACUUCCAUGAGAAGUUAAACAUAAAUGAUUAAUUUUAGGUAUAGACGUUAAACAUGGAAUUUGAGGACUGUUUCGGGAAAUUGAUCACACUCCAGCAUUUCCAUUCAGUGAAUGGAGCUGGUGUUUGCCUGUCAUUUUAAAAUGAUACAGUAACUUCUUUGCUUGUGAUAGGUCCAAUUUGAAGCAUUCUGACUUCUGAUUUUUCCACUGUGAAAGGAAAUCUUUUUCUUUGCAGUGAUAUCAAAGUGCUAAUUCAGUAGUAUUAACUUUUCCAUCUUAUUUGUCAUGACUUUCUAGUAAAUUAUUCCCAUGAGUAAAAAGUUGAGAAACUUAGUUUUAAAAAAUAAUAUUAGCAUUUUUCACUUUAGUUUUAUUCUUGAGAAAUAUCUUUUUCAGACUUCCAGUUUUAAUUUUGUCAUUUCUAGUAUAUCUCUUUCCGUCAGUUUAAAAUACAUACCUUUUUCCUUGUAGAAUAGAAAUCUUGCUCUGAAAUUACAUAGACUAAAAAUGAUCAGUAGGAAAAAAUCUAAAAUGAAAUCAGUUUGUUUUUGCCAUUAACAAUGAGAGCAGUGAUAUAAUUUAGUGCCAUUACAAUUAUGAUCAUUAGGAACUGCCUUUUUCUCCAUUUCAUUUCUAACAAUCAUUCUCCAAGUACCAACAGUAGAAGUAACAGGAGAGCCUGGCAGAGGCAAAUCCAUUGGACAUUCAUUGGUAAUGUUUAUUGACAAAUUACAGUGAGAACUAGCUGAUUUCCUUAAAACAAAUCUUUUGUUAUCCAAACAGGUAAUAUCAGCCACUGUGGGUUGAUUCAGAAAUAAAAUUUGGUGUCAAGUGAUUUUGGGUCCUAUUUGUUUAUGAAAAUGAAGCCCGUGAUUUUUCAAGUAGUCUUCCAUACUGCAUUUGACUUUAAUAUCAAUGCAGUAACAAAAGGGUUGCAAUAGCCAAGUGUAGAAAAUAGUGAAAAAUUGUUCUUGCUCUUUUUAAGCCUUACACAAGUAGUACACAGUAAAAAUGGAAAAGUGUUUCUAUAAAUUAAUGUUUAGUAGUAGGCCCUACUUUCCUACUGUAUGUAGAUAGGAGUUUAUUGUCACUGUGUCAUAAUCUCAGGUGCCUGCUUCUGAGUAUUCCUUUAAACAGAGGUAUUAUUAGGAAGUAAGGAGAUGUGUAAGUGUAUAUAUGGUAACAAAGUAGAGAAGUUCUCCCAGGGAGAGGCCUGGCAUUGUACAUGGUGUUACAUGGCUAUGGGUAGCAUGUAAGAAAUAACUGAUUUAACAAAAUGUUGCUUUGAUUAGUUCCCAUAAGUGUUAGUAAGAUGCCCUACAGAAUAAGGAUCAAAUUUUGGUUUUGCAGUGGAGUUCGCUUAUAAAUGUAUAUUGGAUUCUUUCCUGAUCUCUUAAUUUAAUUUAUAAAUAAGCAAGAUAAUGAUUUCCCCCUUGUUCCUUAUACAGAAAUCUAAAGCAGAAGUUGGUUUUCUCAUCCAAUAAUAAAAGCAUAAAAUAUAAAAUAGUUAACAUAGUAUUAUUGUGACAAUGCUUUGGUUAAAUGUUGAAAUGAAGCAAGUUUUAGGAAUUAUUUUAAAUGAUGGAGUAAUGGUGGUGGAGAGAAAUUAAUAACAAAGAGUGAAAAUCUUUCACUAAGCAGUAGAUGGUGCUACUGGAUUUCAUUUGCUGACUUGAUUAUUUUGUUUCCCAUAAAAACCAUGGCAUUAGACUGCAUUCAAAGAGUAGUGUAGUGUGUGUUAGUUUAGCUGGUAGAGGCUUUGGUGGUCAGUUUAAUUUGAAAGAUUUUAGAUUGCUUUUCCUUUUUUCAUUUGUACAUUCUAAAGGGUCAGCAUAAAAUGUUUUAGGUGGGAGAAGACAGGUUUGGUGUAUAAUAUAUCUCAGACUGAGUUACUGCCUGGCUUAUCAGGAAUUAUAAAACACUGCAAUCUCUUAUCUUCAAGAAAUAUAGAUGAUGAGGAUAUUUAUAUUUUACAUGUAAUCACCAAACCCCAAACUGUUUUAUGUAUUAGCAUUUUCCUUGCUCAUAGGAAAAUAGCAAAAUGACAUUUCUUUUAUACUUUUGUGUACACCCUCUCUAAGAGAGGUUUUGAUAACCAAUGAAAUGGUAAAAUAUGUGAGAUACAAUUAUUAAGUUAUAGGACUUUCUUUUAAAAUAAGUGUGUCAUACCUUAAACAUCCAAAUGAGAGUUGAUCUUCAGAGUGAUUCCUUAGGGAGCUCUAUUCUUUCCAGCUAUAUUUUGAAGGUGUAAUGUUUUUGGAACAUUUUUAGAGAUGCCUUGAGAAUUGGUUUAUGACUAUGCAAGAAAAUCUAUUUCGUCAUUUUAGCGUGCAUGAAAUCUUUUUUGGCAGCUUAAUAUGUAUGAGCUAUCUCAGUCCCCAAACCAACUCAACUUUGUUGUUUCCGUAGAACUUUAGUUCCCUACUGGUUUAGGGAAGUUCAAAAGACUGGCACAGAUAGAUAGAUAGUUAAAUAAAUAAAUAAAUAAAUAGGACUGGCAUAGGUUCUAAAUUUGCAGAAGACAAUGUUUUGAGCAUUGUUAACAUCAUUUUAAUAAGGAAAUAUUUUCCUGAUAUCACUACUUUGAAGUAGACAGUAUCAUUUGGAUAUAUAGGUUUUAUUUAAUUUUUUAAAAUUCAGUUUAAUUACCUUACAGUUAAAUAUAAUAAUUAAAAAUCAAAAUCUAUCUCGUUUUCUAUUUUUGUUUCUUUCCCUGAUAACUUUUAAAUUUUAUCUUCACUACCGUAGGAUAAUUUUGAUUAGAGAUAGGAAGAAAAAAUGGAUCCAAUAUUUAAGAUAGAAGUAGCUUAAGGUGACAACAGCCUUUACCUUUUAAACAUAUUUUCACUCAAAUAAACAAUAUGAAUUUAAAGACGGCAGAUCAUUGUACAAAUUGGUAAAUUUUAUAUAAUAAGUAUGCUGAGUUUUAAGCCUGUGUAUCACAGAUAAAAUAUUUAAAAUUGUGUAAUCAUUUCAUACAUUUAUAACUUGAAAUUUUUGAAUGUCUUUUUAAAAAAAGAUGUGGGACCAGAAGUAUAUUUGUAAUUUGAAAAUGUGACUGCUUACCAAGGGGAAAACUUAUUUUGAAACUUACUUGAAAUACUAAAGAAUAGACCAAUUUUUAGAAAUGCUAUUCUGGAUCUGUACUUUAAGAACCACUCCUAAAAUAAAUAUUAGACUUUUGUCAUAAAGUUAAGAUUCACCUGGCAAUUGUUAAAUUGCUGUUUUUUUCAGCUAUCAGUUUAAUGGUGUAUGAGAUUAAUAUUUAGAGGUAAAUAUAUGUCAAGAUUUAAUGGACAAGUUUAAGAUACAAUAAUUCUGACUGCAAACAAUUUUUUUUUUAAAGAUUUUAUUUAUUUAUUCAUGAGAGACGGGGAGAGAGAGAGAGAGGCAGAGACACACAGGCAGAGGGAGAAGCAGGCUCCACUCACGGAGCCCGACAUGGGACUCGAUCCUGGGUCUCCAGGAUCAGGCCCUGGGCCAAAGGCAGCCCUAAACCUCUGAGCCACUGGGCUGCCCAUACAAUUUGAAUUUUUAAGGUGUUCCUAAUGAGUUAACCAUAGCCUAUUUUAAAGGAAUAGUACUGUGUUCCAUGUUUUCCACUUGUAGCUGAAUUGGUACUUAAAUUUUGACAAAAGGGAGAAAAUACAGAUUAAAAUAUUGAAUAAUACCAGUUUUGCAAAUACGAUGUAACUUCUUUUUCUGCAUAUAAUGCUAUGCAAUAGAAAAUUUUACGUACAGUUCUCAAGAUGGCCUUUUUGUGUUCUAUGUUUGUCAUCUCCUUCUCCUUAAAUUACUUCUUACAUUAUUAACUUCCCAUCUCCCGAACCCCAUCUCACUAAGAAAACAAAACAAAUAGAUUGAUUUUGCAGGUCCUCUUUGUUAGUGAUUCUGAGGUAUUUUCUGUCAAUACAUUGACAGAAGUUUUGGAAGGUGCAACUUAUAUAAGCAUUUUUGGUUUGUUUUGGUUGAUAGCUUCUUUAAAUCAUGUCACUGAACCUGAGAUAUUAAUGAUUUAAACUUUUUGUUAGUAUUUAAUUUUUCUGUUUAUUAUUAAAUCUCGUAUGUUGGUGUUUUGCGUAUGUUUUCAUUUUUAUUUCAUUCUGAAAUCCUUGUGCAGGUUGUAAAAUAGAUUAGUGCAUUUUCAUGUUAAGAACAUGUUUCUCCUUAAAUUGUUCUGCAGAGAUAACUAUUUUUAGGGAAAUAGUUUUUUACAGCCACUAGAUUGUAUUUGUUAUUUUUGUACACGCAUAACUAAGGUGGUAAGGGCCCUAAUCCUGUGGGGAACACUUAACUUUUGUUCUAUUUGAAAUUUUCCUAUACAUGGUUCCUUAAAAUUACCAAGGAACUGUCAUGAAAUCUAGGUUGAAAGAGAAUACAAUAAACAUGACAAGACUUAAAGGUUGAAUAGAGAUCAUUUCUGAGGACAAAAGUAGAAUACUGCCAGUGCCAUAUAAUGGAAGCAUAGUGGCAGCAUUCACACCUGUAAAUAUUGCAGAGAAUGUGAAAGACAGGGAUCUUGCUCUCAUGGAGAUACAUAAUUUUUCUCUGUUUUAAGUAGCUGGAUGGGGAGAAAUGGUCUAAAAUAUGAAAUGCAACAUGAAUGCUAUAUUGAAAACUGUGCCAAGAUUACUCAAAUUCUGGUUAUUACUGAUCAGUUUAACUGCUUCAUCAGUUUAUUUUAAAAGGGGAUACUGAAUGUCAGAAAAUCUGUAAUAUGUUUAACUGAGAGAUGUAAAUAAUGAUACAGACUUGUAUGUGCUGGGAUGGGAAAUAUUUAAAUUCUAGGUUUUUUUUAAAGGAAGAAACUGAAUGUUUAUUUAAAAAAUUAAUAAAUAGUUAUGUUUGACAAUGAA